GGAAAUGUGGUGUUAUAUCAGUGCGGAGCUAACCAGUGAUAAAAGCACACAGCAGGUAAGGAGUAGGUCGUGUAGAGAUCAGACCAAGAGAAGCGAGCGAGUUAAAACACCAGUGAGUGAUAGAGGUCUGUCGUGAAUAUAAACACAUUGCUUUUUGCUGAAUUGCAUGUCGACAGACGACUUUGCACCGCCGUGUUAUGGAAUUAGGUACAGUGAUAUAGAAGCCACAUUUCAGUCGUAGUGUAAUGAACAGCAGAACGCGGUAACUUGCAUUAAUUUUGUGAAUUACCACAAUGGCUCGUGGUGAUUACACAGUGCAAGAAGUGGAAGCAUUGAAGCAAGCAGAGCGGGACACCUCAUAUCGAACAUGUGUUCUAACCAUGUUCAUCUUCCUGGCCCUGUGCAUAAUCCUUCUCGUGAUUGCUUGGACAACGUGGAAGCCAACCAAUGAAAAGGAAACUUAUCCACAUCACAGUAAAUAUGGUGACAAACGAUAUACACCAAACCUGGACACAGAGCCCCCAGUUACUGAACCUGAGCAACAAACAACUAUGAAGACUCAUCUUAAAGAACAUAAGAACAUAACACUUAGCACGCAUCAUCCUAUUAGGAGAACACAAUCCACAGCAACAUCAACAACGACCGAAAGGCAUUUGAUUCGGUUGGUUGCCUUUGAACCAACAGAAACCAUCAAUACUAAUAAAUUAAGCCAAACAAAACCAACCACUGUAAAAAACCCUCUGACAAGACAAGAAAAUUAUGCUAGUACUGCUACCACAGAAAAUUUUCUGAAACAACAGAUAAUCCUUUUAUCAUCAGCAGCCACUUCACAAAAGCCUUUGACACAUUUAGAAAGGUAUGCUGCAAUAACAACUACGGAAAGUCCUCUGGUACGAUUGGUAGAAUACACUACAACAUCAACGAGUCCAGUUACUUCUCUGAAAUUAAAACGGCCAUUAACAACCACUAUACAAAAGUCUUUACAAGUAGAAGAAACUCCUGAUGACAAAUCAGUCCAAAUGGUGUUAACUUCUAAACAACCAGUGAAAUAUACAACACCAUAUGUAGACAAAUUUGAACAAUCAGAAUUAACUACUGAACUGCCUGUUCAUUGGCAUUUAACUACAGAAACUCCAAUGUCAAUCACAGAAUUUCCCCAGACACAGCAUCUACUAGAAUCAGAACUGAAAUCAUCAACCGCAGUAGAUCCUCUGCUGAAGUACAAAACAACACAUGCAGUACAUUCUACUGAGAGUACAGAAACGAAAUUCACAACAGAAAUUCCUCAACCAGAAAAUCAACCAACACAGCAGCAAUUAUCCACACAGACAACAGACUCAGUCACAAGAUCUACCCUGAGGAAAGUAACUGAGUCUUCAGUUUCUUGGAGUACAAAUAUACCAGUUACUGAAUCAGCCACAUCUACCACUUUCCUUGAGAGAGAUGAUAUUUCAAAACAUCCAAAGAUUUCUACUUUGAAACAUCUUACAUCAAGUUCUGACAGCAGUGAUGAUGAGACCAAAAACCUUCCAGUUAAUGAUUUAACAACAUCAACUACAGUAUUUACUGGAAGUAGUUCUACAGUCAAUAACCUGUCAGCUUCUACUGCAACUAAUGAUAAUGUUACCUCUCAUAGUAGCAAUGCUACUAUUAAGCUCACUAUUAUAGACAGAUCAACAACGCCUGCUGAUGUUACUACUGGCACUAUUGAUAAAGAAUCUACAAUUCUCACCAAUUUUCUAGCAUCUUCCAAUAGUACAGGUUCUCAUUUUCAACCUGUUUCUAUAUUUGUAACAAGUAAUGCUUCUGCUGAUUCUACUACAAAUUCUAUCACACCUGUUACUGAUAUCACUGACAAUUUAUUAUCACAGUCCACCACCAUUUCACAGCUUAAAAACAUUAGUAGUUUUUCAACUACAAGAAAUGUGCUAAUUCACGCAACUGUUACUGGAGAAAAGAGUGUUAUUGCUAAUACAACAGCAGCAACAGCUGGUGUUACUCUUUCAGUCAUGUCAACGCAGUACAGUCCAUCUGGUGAGACAUCCAUUCCAAUGCCAUCAGAUAAGAGCCAAAAGAUCAUUGUAAAUGCCACUAUUGAACCAGAGAAAAUUUCGCAUUGCACAUCAAGUACGUGUAAGGUUGUGGCCAGUCGAAUGCUGAGUAUGAUGAAUCACUCUGCAGAUCCAUGUGAAGAUUUCUAUGAAUAUGCAUGUGGUGGGCUGAGGGACAACAGAAAUCUUCUUCAAUAUGACCCUCAGCAUGAGGUCUGGAUCAGGAUUGCUAGUGCUGUGAAACGGAUUGGUGUGCAUAGCUCUGAAGCAUUCCAAAAAUUCAGCAAUUUUUAUGAUCAAUGUUUGAUGUAUGAUUCCAUCAUGAAUAAGACAUCUCGCUUACAAGAAGUUCGAAAGGUGCUGGACAGUGUUGGCAAGAUGUACAGUCAUACAGGCUGGGCAGUAGGAAAUCUAAAUUUGAACCUCACCAGCCUUCUGGUGAAGCUUUUUCAACUGAACAGUGCCCCACUGUUCGAUGUGCAGCUGGAUGUUGAUGUCCACAAUGCAUCCAGGUUCUUGUUAAAGUUGACUGCACCAUCCCACCAGUCUAAGUUUCAGUCUGAGUCUACAUUUGUUGCCCAGUGCAAGACCCAGAUUGUUGCUCAGGAAAAAGGGAAUGUUAAUCUCAAGGAUGUUUACCGCAACAAAUAUCUAGCAUGCACAAGAGACUAUGGGAAGUACAUGAAUGUUACAGAGAAGGCUCUCAAGGAACUGGGCAUGUUCAUGGAUCUGGAACCAUUCCAUGAGGCACAGUACAUAAAAGAUCUUAGAUUCUUCAUUGAGUUUGAGAUUUUACAUCACCUCAGAGAACUGCCAUCCUCAGGAGAAAUGAGGCACAUUCUGUUGUCAAAGCAGUUUAUGAGCUUAUCUGUUGAUGAUCUUCAGGCAAAAUACCCUCUGGUGGACUGGAAGACACUUCUAAGUGCACUGGUGGGUGACAGUGUCAAUUUACACACCACUGUCCAGCUAUACUUUAAUACCUACUUUGACAGUCUCUUUGAUAAACUCAGUAUUCUAUUCAAAACAGACAACAAGAACAGGAUGAACAUGCACAAUGCACUGCUUGCAAUGUUUGCACAUGACCUCUAUGUGGAUCUAGUGGAAACACAGAGCCCCUGCAAUCGCAAGGACUACUGCCUCAAGGUGGCCAGUGGUCUGCUGGAAGAUGUGUCAUCUGCACUCUACCUUUCCACCUUUACCAGAGAGCAACUAAAUGCUAUGACGCUAGAGCUUCAGACACUAUUCACCCAGCUGAAGAUCAUACUUCAGGAACAGUUCAAAGAAGCUGAGUGGCUGGAUGAUUUUUCACGCUCAUAUCUCACCAGUAAGCUACAACAGCUGAUUCCAAUUGCUGAUGGAGACGUAGCUUUCCUGGAUAAUUCAUACCUGCUGAAUGAACAGCUGUCAGAAGUGAAUAUUAGUUCUGGUAGCUACCUCCAGAAUUCAGUGCAGCUGGUACGACGGUAUAGACGCAGCAUGUAUUCUCUCUACAAUACUGAACCAAAUGUUACAAACACCAUUUGGUCAUACUUUCUCUUGCCCUAUGACACCCAAGCUCUUGCUAUAUAUCAACUCAACAUUGUUGUGAUCCCAUUUGGGCUGAUUGGGUCUCCACAAUCCAUACCUGAUCUGCCAGACUACAUUUUCAAAGCUCGGGUUGGCAAUGACUUAGCCCGCCAGAUAACACACCACUUUGACAUCACAGGGAUUGAGUAUGGAACAAAUGGAAAGGAUUCAAACCUGCUGUCUGAUGUGACAAGGUACAAGUAUAAUACCAUCAAGGAGUGUGAUGAGAUGGCUUACUCAUUUGAAAAGUCAUGGACUAACCACAAACAUGAAAUCUUUACUUACCAGGUGGAUCCAUCCCAGUCUAUGAAUGAACGCUUUGCUGACAGCAGUGCGCUGCAAUUAUCUUACAAGACAUUCAAAAGAAAUGCUGGGUCAGAGCCUCUUCUGCCAUGGUUAGACAUGAAUCAUGACAAGCUGUAUCAUAUGUUAGUAGCACAGGAGUUAUGUACCAAGGGAGGUAUGUUGGACUAUACCAUCCAAAUGUUUGAGAGUGAGCAAAUGCCACCAUUCCUUAGGGUAACCAACUUGGUACAGAAUUCUGAACUGUUUGCCCAGGCAUACAGCUGUGGACGGGGCACGCAAAUGAACCCUGAAUUCAAAUGCAACUCAUUCCCUGAACUAAGAGAGGUUGAAGGGUAUGACGGAUCAGAUCUUUCUCCUCAUUAAUGGACAGUUAUUGCUGGGUGAUAGUUGCAGAAACAUUUUACAUUGCAGUCCCACAUACAGGUGUCAAUAAAAUCUCAUAACUAUUUAUGAGGUCAUACACAGAUGAACAUCACAAAAAUAACUCCAAAUAUGCUAUAAAAUGCAUUCUGCAAUGCAGCUGAAAGAUUUGUGCUGUGCCAAUCCUCAUGGUGCUCAUAUAGAAUCCAGUGCAUAAGUUUUAUUAAUAAAUAUACCCCUGUUUGUUUUAUUGCAUUGUUUUUUAUAAACUCUAAAUAAGUAUUUUGUGGACACCUGUAUUAUGAUGGUUCUGGGUACUGAGUGACAGUGUGGCAUCAGUAGUUUGGUACGGUCUUAUUCCUAUCCUGAACAUAAAUCUUAGCAGUUUGAUCCAUACCACAGAUGGCAAUAAAACUUUUUAGCUGCCAUUUUCAUAAAUAAUGCAAAAUACAUUGCACAAAUUUCUCAUAUUCAUAUCAUUUUGACCAAAAGAAAAGUUCCGGGAAAUUUUUGGAAUAUGCAGCAUAAUCAGUAUUUAGUAUUAAACUGUAAAAAAUUUGUGAAAUUUAAUCAGAAUCAUUACAUUUAAAACUUUGCAUACCAUGUAGUGUAUUGAAAUAUAAAAAUAAGCAUACAAACUGUUAACAUUAUAAAUGCGGCACUAGUGUCAUUUAUAGUGUUAACAGUUUGUUUGUAUGCUUAUUUUUAUAUAAUCAUUACAGCUAUUGCUGAGAAAACUGAAAUUUUAUUCCAUCCAUUAUGUAAAGUAGUCUAUGUUUUACAAUUAUUAGAUUCCUGUUUGUAGGGUGUUGGUGUAAGAUAUGUAAACAUCUGUAGUACCAAAUAUCAAUAAAAUCCAGUAAACCAUGAACAUUUCAAAAAAAAAAUGCAAAGGUGGGCCCAGCCAUGUUCAUAUCCCCCCCACCCCACAAUCACAACCACUCUCUAUAUUACAUCUGAGAGAAAGUUAAAAAAAAACAUGGCUGUAGACCCUCUUCUGACUCCUUGGCCAAAAUAUUGGGUGUAGACAUUCCACCAUUUCCCUGUAAAAUAAAAUCUUAUUUUACAUUUUGUUCACUGUUACUUUGUAAAUCUAGUAGAAUCAUUCUUUCAUUUCACUUUUGUGUAUCUCUGUUGGUAGCGUGUAUGCCUUUGGUACAGGUGACCCAGGUUCAGUUCCCAAAUAGGCGUUUUCUUAUCUUUAGGUUUGUAAUGGUAAUGAAGGCCAUAAAAUAUAAUUUCUUUUGCAGAUUUUUGCAUUUAUUAUAUUCUUGUUUCUUUCGUUCACAUUUGAGAACAAUAGCAGCACAUUUGGUUUCUCAACCUCUACUUCUUCAGUAUUGUCUUUACCAAACAAAGAUGAUGCUUCGCAUUUUGAAGUUCAAAGUUCCCCUUCCAUGACAUUAGGAUUCGUGUUUUAAUCUAUGCUCUGUCAAUCAGUGAUUGUGACUGAACCUGGGCUAUGGUCAUUAAAGUAGUGUGUUUAUGUAUUUGGAUGUUACAUAUUUUCUAUAAGAUGUGUACAUAUAAAAUUUGCAGCAUGGCUCGGGAUAAAGUAGCCCAAAAGAUGACAGCGCGUGCGUAUGUGUGUGUGUGUGGGGGGGGGGGUUCAAGCAUUGACGUCAGACUCAUCAGUUUUUCUGUGCCUACUGUUGAUUUAAGAAGCCAUAAACACAAUGUAUGUGUUAGAAAAUACACUUGUAUAGAAGUUUUUCUGUCUGUAAGAAAAUACUGUAAUGAGACAUCAGUUUUUUAAGUCAGUUAGAGGAACAUGUGAAUUUUGAGUUCAAAAAUAACAUACAAUACACAUGUUGGUAAAAAAGCAUCUUCUCUUAGAUUAGAUUAUUCAGCAAGAUAAUGCUACAGCCCAUACAACAAGGACAACCCUUGACAUACUGUGGCAGGAUUUCCUACAGGCACCUUCCACAGGCACUAAAUAAUUCCCCCAUCCUUUACACUGUCCAUACCUCACACACCUUCUAACUUAGAGAUUUUAUUUUGAAACAAUACCAACAAAAUCUAUAGGACCUUUGGGAAAACACAUUUACUGCACAGUAUACUACAUAACACUACUUUAACAUGAUAAUGAACCUUUCAGUUCCAUAACAGCAAUAUGAAGUGUGCCUUCAACAUGAUGAGUCUCACCUUGAGUAUGUCCUGCUUUGUUUAUCAUUUUGAAAUGCAGAAAUAAACUACUGAGAUAGCAGAUUGUUUAAACCUGCUUUAAAUUUCUGGCUACUUUAUUAUUGGGCAGUGCUGUAAUCCCAGAAUUAGAUACCAAUAUUCAAAUGUAUCCUUUAAUUGUAGAACAAGAAAACUAGUGUAAUACCCAUUGAACACUGCAAUAUAAAAAUAUAUUGUCAUUGUUCAUAUACAGCCAUACUGUACAUAUAAAUAUGGACUUAUGACAUUUUAUAAAAUAAUACAUAAAAUG